UUUUCUAUGCAAAGUUCAAACUCAGUGCUUAAGCCUUUUCGCACAAUGAAUUAGGGAGAUACGAAACUCUUAGUUUUACACUCAUAGAUAGGUAAUUACAACCCAACAUGCCUACAAAACAAAGAUUGCUGUCAUAUCAUGAAGUGUGCGAGAUCGCUACAAAACGGCUAUGUGAACUAUAGAUAUUUUUUAAUGAUAUUAUCUGUCUUUAUAUCUAUUUACAUGAAAAUAUUUUAAACUCCUUUACAGAACUGAUAAACGUAACAGAAAGUUGCAAGUCUAACAACUGAUCACGAUUCAAACGCGUAAAGCUUUGACAAGGAAAGUCAUGAGUCAGUCAACUGGAGUUCUGAGCACGACUCCGACAACAAUUAACAGCAAUCAAGAAUUCUAUCUGAGUGCAAACAUCCUCAUUCCAUAUGGUAUCGUCAUGACCCUAAUCUUGGUAUUCGGUUCGGUUGGCAAUGUUCUGACAAUCCUGGUCUUACGUUGCCCUGAACACAAAAAGAAAAACAUCACUCCACUCAUGAUAAACUUAGCGAUUGUUGACAUCGUCAUAAUUGUCUUUGGCUAUCCUGUGGUCGUCGCAAGUAACUAUACGUCCUCUGGCCUUAACGUUCGUGAAAGUCGGAUAAGCUGCAUAUGGUCGGGAUUUAUCAAUGGCUCUACUGGCAUCGCUUCAAUCGCCAAUCUGACCAUGAUGAGUUUGGUUAUGUUUCACGGUGUCAGUUCAGUCACCAAGACAACAAAAAUCUCCACCAUCAAAAUGGCUGCCAUUAUCACAUUCACUUGGGUGUAUGGAGUAGUGGCCAUGAUCCCGCCGUUAGUGGGCUGGAACGAAUUCGUCCCAGGCGCCUCCGGUAUCAGCUGCUGUCCCAAUUGGGUGCCGGAAACGAAGGCUGGAGUGGCGUACAAUAUGUUGCUGAUUUUUAUUGGCUUCGUGCUGCCACUGUGUGUGAUCAUUUUUUGUUACUACAGAAUCUACAG